AUGUACUGGGAACAUACUGUGGCCGUGGGGGACGAGACCCGCAUCGUGGGCGGGAAGAGCUGCCCCCGCACCCGCCACCCCUACCAGGUGGUGCUACUGGGACCCCAGCAGAACAUCCACUGCGGGGGGGUCUUACUGGGCCGGUACUGGGUCCUGACGGCGGCUCAUUGUCAGUUCCCCGACGUGCUGCAGUGCGGGGUUGUUUACACCAUGGCCAACCAGGACUGCGCCAAGAUCUACCCCAGGGGCAUCACCGAGAACAUGCUCUGUGCGGGGGUCUCCUCGGGGGGCACCGACUCCUGCCAGCUCCAGGUGGUCUUCACACCUUGA